AUGGAGAAUACACCGAAAAGAUCGAGACAGUCGAUGGUAACAAAUUCGUAUGCUCGGGAACUGUUCUUCCUCCACACCAACAUAAUGGUAGUUUUGGAACAAAUGCUUCCACAAUAUAGUGAAACUGUCGCACAAAAUUAUGCAGCCCAAAUCUAUGAAGAUUUUGUUACAAAGCCAAGAAAUCCUAGAAUCCGUAAAUAUAUUGAAGCAAUACGAUUUGACACGCGUUACGCUCAAGGCAUGUUCCGCCUUGCGCUCAAAGUGCCAAUCACCAGUGAACAGGAACUAAGAUUGUACCAGCAUAAGCUUGCCGAUGGAGGUAUCAAACAGAUGUUCUUCGUCGAUAUGACACGUCACAAUCUAGUUCACGAACAUAAGGAAAAGGUAGUGACUGUUUUGAAGGAAAGGUUCGGCAAUAACUGGACACGCAAGUUGGGCAAGCUACCCACCUACAUAUCAAGAUGCCAGCGGGUACAUGAGGAUGCAGACAGAAGAUUUUUGUAUCGACUAAAACAUCAUUCAUCCCAGAAGGGCGGCUGGCUACUACGGGUGCCAGAUGUACUAGAGCAACUAACUCGAGAGUACAGGAUUCCGAGCGAACAGCGAACAAAUUUGAUAUGGCCAUCGUUGCGGUUCGACAGUGACUAUUUGAACAAAAAAUAUAGCACAGGGGAUUAUUGUAGAUUCCAGAACGACAUACAACCCAGUUCCUGCAUAUCACCGUACCAAGCACAGAAACCACCUACACCAAGUGCCGAGAAAAGCAUGGAUUCUAAUGUGUUCCAGGUAAACAAAGAUUUUUCUGCGAUCGAUUCUACCACGUCCAUGGGUCGUAUAAAAGAUCGAGUGUGUGAAAUACUAUCAAGCGACGCGAUGCAAAUAAACACUGACCAAAUCGAAGAACGUUGUCUGUCGUGCGCCGAGGAUGGCAUGGAUUCUAAGUAA